AUGUCGGAUUCACAGGAUGCUGCCAAGAGCAAAGAAGGAAGCAAGGAUGAGCAGUCAAGCUGGCAAGACAACUGCCAUGGCGUCUCCGCUCUGGCCAUCAAGAGGUUGAUCAAGUUUGCUCACUGUAAGGACAAGACGCUGCUGAUCUACGGAGGGUUGAAGACGAUGCUGGUUGCCGACUGCUCGACCGGAUCGCUCAUGGAGCUCGAGCAGAGCCACACGGAGAGGGUGACGAGCGUGACGGUGGGGAAGGACAAGGAGGUGAUGGUGUCGGGGGGGAACGACAAGCGGCUGGUCGUGUGGCAGCUUCCGGAGAUGAAGGUAGCGAGCAAGACAGUGACGGACAAGAAGGUCGUGUCGGUUGUCCUGGACGAGGAGAGGAGACGAGUCGUGUUUGCUGAGAUAGCGGGAGAAGUCUUCCAGAAGCCGAUCGACGACCUUGACAGCAAGGCUGAGCACCUGCUGGGGCACAUCUCCUCCCUGACCGACAUGCGCAUCUCUCCCUCCGGCUCCCGCCUCCUCACCUCGGACAGGGACGAGAAGGUCAGGAUCAGCAACUUCCCCCACGCGUUCGAGAUCGAGGCCUUCUGCCUCGGGCAUACGGAGCUCGUCACCUGCAUCGAGACCUUCACGCUAGCAGAAGAGGAGCUGCUCCUCUCAGGAGGAGCCGAUGGCUCCGUGCGCCUGUGGUCUGUGAAGGACGGCAGUCUGCUCGACACUUACAUGAUUGACCCUGCGGGGGAGGAGGAGGAGGGGGAGGAUGGGCAGCAAGCAGACUCUCAGCCUCUAGCAGAGGAGCCCAAGACGUGGGAUCGGUUCGCUGCUGGAACAGCGCAGGCUACGGCUGCUGUUUCGGGGAGAAUGAGGAGGAGGACGAACAGUCCUGCGGUGGUGGCCCUGGCGUACUGCCCUCGACUCUCGCUUGCUGCUUGUAUCAUAGAGAAUCAAAGGGAAGUGCUCCUCCUCCAAGUCAGCGGAAAGGAGCUCAAGGAGCUGAACAGAGUAGAAGUCGACCAGAUGCCCGUGGGAAUCGAGAUAGAUGACGUUGAGCAUGAGGGGAAGGCGGAAUGCUUCAUGCUCGUAGCUGUUCUUGAUGAUAGACCCAAGCUGGAGGCAUUUCGAGUGGAGGGAGGGAAGGAAUGUGUCGUCAAGAAGAUCGACUUGAAGUCAUCCAAGGAAGAAAGCAAAAUUAUCAGCGCCUUCGCUUGUCUGUCGGAGGAGAUGAGCACGCGGCAAGAGGAGUCGCACAAGGCCAGCGGUCAAGAUGGAUCCGGACAAUACUUCCAGAAGAGAAGGCGGCAUACGGAGCCAGGGUUUAAACAAUAUCAAGGGAAAGCUGAUUGA